CACCCGCCAGAUUUCAUCGAGCAGCACCCGCCGCAGCGGGUGAAGAACCCGAAGAAGGAUUGAGCGCGGCGGAAGGAGGGAAUGGAACGAGGAAUCAAUAACAUCUAGAAUGUACUGUCAUUGUUGCAAUGCUGAGAGUAUCACCUUGCUUGCAAGUGCAAGGUCUUUCCCGUGUCUUAUUGACCCCAUCAAAAAUGACCCCAUGUGCGUAGCACGUUCCGAAGACAACAUCGGUAAAUGCGCAGACACCUUCGUCCAUAAGUCCUGUACGGCACCACACGACGAGCUCUGCCAACGAUAGCAGGAUUCAGACUCACGCGCGAAGUGCAAGCAAGGUAUGCAUCCGGCGAAGCCGGGGCUUCCUCUAGUCAGUUAUA